AUGGCUCGCCGUGGACGUUCCGCCUCUCCCUCUGGCCGAUCCUCCUUCGGUCCGCCUCGGGCCCCGGCCCGAGCUGCCCCAGCUCGUCAGGCGCCGCCGCCAGCCCGCGCUGCACCUCCGCCUCAGGCGCCCCUUCCAGCCCGUGCUCCGCCGGCGGCCGUCGGCGCCCCGGCCCCCGUCUCCCAGGGCCCUGGACUUAUGGCGCAGAUGGCUGCAACCGCUGGUGGCGUGGCCAUCGGCUCCGCCGUCGGCCACACCAUCGGUCACGCCCUGACCGGAGGUGGUGGCGGAUCUUCAAACCAGCCCCAGGAGCAGCAGCAGCAGCCUCAGCAAUAUCAGCAACAGUACCAGCAGCCACCACCAGAGCAGCAGCAGGCGUGUGCCUUUGAGCUGAAGCAGUUCCUCGACUGCUCGCAGAGCUACGACCUGAGCCUCUGCGAGGGCUUCAAUGAGGCGCUGAAGCAGUGCCGCCUGCAGAACCCGGGCGCCGGUGUGGGCAGCGCUCCCCGCAGCAACUGGUAA